AAUACAUUUUAUUUAUUUUUGAAGGCAGGAUGUCUGUAGUUCUGAUCAAGUUGGUGGGCCUAACAUGACAAAACACUGGGGAGGUGCCCACUUGAUAAACCCUGGUAAUGCGUUGGCUCUUACUGCCCAUCUAGUUCCAUUAUCUGGGUGCAGGGGGCUUUAAGGGCAAAGUAAGUAGUACUCCAUACCUGGAGCAUCAAUGGAGACUGGGUGUAUUGAAGGUGUUGGUGCUGUUUGGGUUUCGAAGGCCAAGGGCCAUUUGCAUGAAAUGAACAACAUUACAACAACAAGACAUAAACAGCAAACAGACAUCAGAGAUCAACUGCUUUUGUGAGGUUGUGAAGAUGACUGACAAACAUGAACCUGAGUUGAGGAUUGUGCUCAUGGGAAAGACUGGAGCUGGGAAAAGUGCUUCAGGAAACAUCAUCCUUGGGGAGGAACAUUUUAAAGUAGACACGUCUCCAACAUCCACGACAAAAGAGUGCUCAACCAAGAACAAAGUGUUUGAUGGUCAAAAACUGACCGUGAUUGAUACUCCUGGCCUGUUCCACACCCAAAUGACUCAGACGAAAACAAUGAGAGAGAUUGUAAGUUUAAUCAAGCAGAGUCUCCCAGGUCCUCAUGUGUUCCUGUGGGUGGUAAAUGUUAAUGAGUUUGGCGACGAAGUUGUAAACUCGAUGAAGGCCUUCAAGCUGGUCUUCCCAACAGCAGAAAAGCAUACCCUGGUCCUGUUCACCGGCGGAGACGACACGAAAGUGAAGCGCUUCAUUGAUUUUGAGAAGAAUUCAGAACUGAAAGAGUUCAUCCAAAGCUGUGGUGAAGAGUACCACAAAUUCGAAAACACUAAAGAUAAUAGUAAGGUUAAGGAGCUAGUCGAAAAGUUUAAAAAAAUCAAACAAAAUAAUGGCCCUUACAGCUGUGAUCUGAUAGAACAGCAACUGAAGGCCAUUGAAGAAUACAAGAGUUGCGCUGAGGGACAACUAGCAGGUGGUUCCCCAGGGCCACUUUAUGACAGAUUACUUGCUGCAAGUGUAAAUGCCAUUGAAGCUCAGGUUCCAUGUGUGAAGAUGUUCCUUGGAGUACUCUGUAAAUUGGCGGAAGCUUUAAUUAAACUUUAGAAGAUUUAUAAUUUGAGCAGUCAGAGCUUCUUGAACCAACACCUUAAAAAAGUUAACUGUACUGAGAAAGGGUUUUAUUUUGUUAAUUUUACAGAAAGCUCCUUUAAGUACAUUGAUAUGAAUACUUAGAUGAAAUUGUGUUUGCUUCACUAUCUGACUCUCAUGAAGCUUCUAUUGUUUUCCUGAAAAAUCAAGCAAAUGUUUUCUUUUAAUUACUCGGGUGUAAUGAUUAAUGUUUUGUUAUCCUGCAAAGCCCACACCGAGUUUGUCUGUAAAAACACAAAAGAAAGAAUUGAUUUCCUCCUGUGAGGUCUUUCAAAGUGUCCAGCAGUUUUUUAACACCAAGUGGUACAUGUGUCUGUCCACUUUACAGUCUAAACUGCAAAAUCUGUUCAAAGAUGUGGCUCUGGAGGCUGAUCACUCUAGAGACUCUGUGUAUCAGCCUACUAUAAAAACAUAUCUGAUCCUAAUGUUAAAUGAGGUCAAACUGAAGUACUCAUUUUUGUAAUCCAAACAUGUAGCUUCAUACCAGAUCAAAUGUAUGACAUGUGUUUGGAACUUGAAAUGUGUCAAAUGUGUGUAUCUUUACAUCUUGUCUUAAAUGAUUUGCAAGAAAUGAAGCUGAUGUGAUGUGAAAGAUUUUGUUGGACAAUGAAAUCAAAUCAUUUCAUUAAGUAAAGAAGCUGUGAUGUGAUC